AUGGUCGGCCCUGUAACGAAAACACCGGCGAAGCGAGCCCUCGCUGAAGCCUCGAGUAACCGCGUAAACGCAUCGCCCCGCUCCGCGAAGAAGCUCAAAGUCGAGAAUGGCAACACCACAAAAGGGCCGCCGGCUAGGAAGGUCAAUGGGCCGUACAACUCAAGCCAGGCGGGGCCGAGCCAGUUCGAGGAUACGCUGGAGAAGAUGACCCAGGACAUCGAAUCCUUGAAGACCAAGAACACAGAGAAGGACCAGCAAUGGAAGCGGCCGCCACUGCCCGAGGACUUCAGUGAGAUGACCUCAAAGGUCGUCUUUCAGCAGAUCGAAGCCGAGGAAAGUGUACUAAAUGGAGGGAAACCAGCAGUCAAGCUGUUUGGUGUCACAGAGGCCGGUCACUCAGUACUCCUCCAUGUCACCGGAUUCCUCCACUACUUUUACGUUGCUGCGCCCAUCAACUUCCACAAAGAAGACUGCAGGCCAUACCAGACCUUCCUUGAGAGCGAAUGCCAGAAGCAGUUCAACCAACAUUCAGCCGUCAUCGCAUCGGUGCAGAUGUGCAUGAGAGAGAAUAUCCUGCGCUUCCAGGGCAAUCAGAAGAGUCCAUACCUCAAAAUCACCGUCAACGAUCCCAAGAUGAUCAACCGUGUGCGAAUGAUGGUGCAGAAGGGCAACGCCAACUACAAGCGGCUCUGGCCAGCCCGCGAAGAUGGCAUUUUGACCUUCGACAACAUCGCCUAUGUGCUGAGAUUCAUGAUUGACACGAGAAUUGCUGGCAUGUCUUGGGUAGAGGCGCCUGCUGGAAAGUAUAAGCUACUGAACCCGCGCGAUCAACAUUCCAACUGCCAAAUCGAGGCGCAAAUACACUACGCCGACCUGAUUGCUCAUCAGUCCGAAGGCGAAUGGGCCAAGUCAGCACCUCUCCGUAUUCUCUCCUUCGACAUCGAAUGCGCUGGUCGCAAAGGUGUUUUCCCAGAAGCGAACAUCGAUCCCGUCAUUCAGAUAGCCAAUGUCGUUACACGAAACGGUGAGGAGAAGCCUUUCGUCCGGAACGUCUUCAGUCUCGACACCGUCAAUCCCAUUGUGGCCACACAGAUCUUCUCCUACGCGGACGAGGGCGAGAUGCUGAUGAAGUGGCGCGACUUCGUGGACGAAGUCGACCCAGACGUCAUCACCGGAUACAACAUUUCCAACUUCGAUUUCCCGUAUCUUCUGGAUCGCGCCAAACACUUGAAGCUUGCAAAGUUUCCCUACUGGUCACGACUGAAGACGGUGCAGUCAAAGGUGGAAAGCUCAAUUUUCUCUAGCAAGCAACUGGGAAGUCGAGACACCAAGACUACCAACACGAACGGACGCAUCCAACUCGAUCUCCUCCAGCUUAUUCAGCGAGACCAUCAACUGCGAAGUUAUACUCUCAACUCUGUGAGCGCGCACUUCCUGAAAGAGCAGAAGGAAGACGUCCAUCACAGCAUGAUCACAGAGCUGUUUAACGGCGACUCCAACUCUCGACGACGGCUGGCUGUGUACUGUUUGAAGGAUGCUUAUCUACCGCAGCGACUUCUGGACAAACUCAUGUGUCUAGUCAAUUACACUGAGAUGGCGAGGGUCACAGGUGUGCCUUUCAACUACCUCCUCUCUCGAGGCCAACAGAUCAGGUUCAUCAGUCAGCUGUUCCGAAAAGCUUUAGAUCAUCAGCUUGUCUGCCCGGACCUGCCUAACCAAGGUGACAGUGGCGACCCGUAUGAAGGUGCGACCGUCAUUGAGCCAAAGCGUGGAUACUACAAGCAGCCUGUCGCUACACUUGAUUUCGCCUCGCUGUACCCAAGUAUCAUGCAAGCACACAACCUUUGCUAUACGACCUGGCUUGACAGAGCGACCGUAGAGAAGCUGAAGAUGAAGAAAGACGAAGAUUACAUCGUGACACCUAACGGCGACAUGUUCUGUACCGUCAAAACACGCAAAGGUCUCCUCUCGCAGAUUCUUGAGGAACUGCUAGGUGCCCGUAAAAGGGCUAAGAGAGAGCUCGCUGUUGAAACAGACCCGUUCAAGAAGGCUGUGUUGAACGGCCGUCAGCUGGCUCUGAAGGUCAGUGCCAACUCCGUCUACGGUCUCACGGGUGCCACGAAUGGAAAGCUGCCUUGUCUGGCUAUCGCCAGUAGUACCACCAGUUUUGGUCGUCAAAUGAUUGAGAAGACCAAGGAGGAGGUCGAAGCAAAGUACACCAUCGCGAACGGUUAUACCCAUGAUGCGGAGGUCAUCUACGGUGACACCGAUUCAGUUAUGGUCAAAUUCGGUACUUCUGAGCUGUCGGAAGCUAUGAAACUGGGGGAGGAGGCAGCGGAAUACGUGUCUUCGAAGUUCAUCAAGCCCAUCAAACUGGAGUUCGAGAAGGUCUACUUCCCGUACCUGCUGAUCAACAAGAAGCGUUAUGCUGGCCUUUACUGGACAAACCCUAAUAAGUGGGACAAGAUGGACACGAAGGGUAUCGAGACAGUCCGUCGUGACAAUUGUCGCCUCGUGCAAACCGUCAUCGAAACAUCGCUACGCAUGCUGCUGAUAGACCAAGACCCUGACGGCGCGCAAGAGUUCGUUAAGGAUACCAUCUCCGAUCUCCUGCAGAACAAAAUUGACAUGUCCAACCUCGUCAUUACCAAAGCACUCACCAAGCAAGAAGAUAAGGAAGGCAAGGGCGGUUACGCCAACAAGCAAGCCCACGUCGAACUUGCUGAACGCAUGAAGAAACGCGAUGCCGGUUCUGCUCCAGCGCUUGGUGACCGUGUCGCCUAUGUCAUGGUCAAGGGCGCCAGCGGCUCGAAGAACUACGAGAAGUCCGAGGAUCCUCUCUGGGUGCUUGAGAACAACCUGCCCAUCGACACACGAUACUAUCUCGACAACCAGCUGGCGAAACCCCUUGGGAGGAUCUUCGAGCCUAUCCUCGGCGAGAAGAAAGCAAAUUCGCUGCUUACGGGCGAGCACACACGAGCCAUCUCUGUGGCGGCCCCGACGAUGGGCGGUCUGAUGAAGUUUGCGAAGAAGACGCAGACAUGCAUGGGCUGCAAGAAGCCACUCACCGCCGCUCACGAGAAGGAAGGUGCGGUGUGCGAGAACUGCCGGCCUCGCAUCGGCGAGCUGUACCAGAAGACGCUGAGCAAAGUCAGCGAGCUGGAAGUUCGCUUCUCGAGACUCUGGACACAGUGUCAGCGUUGCCAGGGCAGUAUUCACUGCGAAGUGAUUUGUGCGAGUAGAGACUGCCCCAUCUUCUACAUGCGGAUGAAGGCGAGGAAGGACGUCGAGGAUGCCGGGAAAGAAAUGGUGCGGUUCGACAAGGACGCUGCGCUCUGGUAG